AGGAAGAUUUCAGAGUCUGUGUAUCAGAAGAACUGAAAGAAACUGUUUUGUUAAAAAUGCGCCAAGACGAGGUGUACAGUGCUCUUGUUGAUGACCCAUUAAUCAUACAGUUUGGACAAGUGCUAAUAAAGCAGUUGGGACCCAGAAGAACAAACUAUGUUUCACAAAGAAUGAGACAACUGGCCCGAUUAAAAACCAAAAUAAAUGAGUUGUUGAAUAAAGAGAAUGAUCUACAUUGUUAUAUCACUCCAAAGCACUUUGAUACAGUUGUUAAAGCAGUCCAAGACUUGGCUGGUUACCAUCAGAAUGAGCAGAAAAUAUCUGUAUUUUCUACUCCAUCUCUGGCGUUAAAUCUUGGACAUAAUUUAGUGAAGGUUGCAGAAAUCAGAAGAGGCAAUGCCAUAAGAAAAAUGGAUGAAACAAUGAAGAAAGAAUGUGAUGGAUAUUUGGAAAUUCAUAGCUCAGACUGGGCACCUGCAGUAUCAUCUGUAGCUUUAGCUACUCUGCAGACAAAUAAAUUUAAUAAGCCUUUGGCACUCCCUGUAACCAGUGACCUUGUAUUAUUAAAAAACCACCUGGAUGAACAAAUAAGUGAAUUGACAAAAGAUUUGGAAAAGGAAGGAGAAAAUGCUACCCUCUGGAAAAAGUUAGCUGGAGCAGCUAUGACUAGAAUUAUCCUUUUUAACAAACGGCGAAGUAGUGAAGUUUCUAAACUUCUGUGUGCUAGUUAUGAAAACCGUCAAAACUGGGAAGAAACCAUGAAUGAAGAAAUAGCAAGUGGUCUGAAGCCAAUGGAGAAGAUCUUACUGAAGAGACUACAUAUGGUGGAAACACAAGGAAAACAAAACAAAAGAUGCCCAGUUCUGCUCACUGAAACAAUGAUUAUUGCAUUAGAUUGUCUCAUGAAACACAGAGAGGGGUGCGGAAUCUCCUCAUCGAACCCCUUCGUGUUUGCCAGCCCAACAAGUGCAAGUAACCAUAUAGACCCCUGGACAUCCAUGAACAGGCUGGCAAAAGAGGCUGGUUGUGAGCAACCAUAUCUGAUUUCAUCUAGUAGACUUAGAAAGUACCUAGCAACAGUGUGCCAGAUACUGGAUCUGGAAGACCACGAGCUUGAAUGGGUUUCAAGACAUUUGGCACAUAACAUUAAUACUCACAAGCAACAUUACAGGCAGCAUGACGCCACAGUCGAGAUAGCAAAAGUAGGAAGUCUCAUGAUGGCUGCAGAUGAGGGGCAACUACGAAAAUUUGCAGGAAAGAAAUUGUCUGACAUAGAUGUAACAGAAUUAGUACUACCUUUGGAAGAUGGGGAAGAUGGGGAAUUGAUUGAUUCUGGGGUAAAUGAAGAAGACAUUCUUGAUGCUGAGCUUUGUGGGCCUAUCCCCAUUCCCAAGACACAGAAAAUAAGCACUGGUGCACAUAAAGUAGAAGACCAGGAUGCUGGACUUUCAUACCAAAACCAACAUGUAAACAGGAAGAGAAAAGUUGCUUUCAAUGCAGAAAUAGAUCAAGAUUCUUAUGAGGAAGACGAGGAUUAUGUCCCAUCUGAUAAUGAAUCGUCGGAAGAACCAUCAUGCACCACUUUACCAUCAAAGAGAAAAAAAUGGACUGUGGAUGAGGAGAAUGUCCUUAGAUUUGAAUUUAAUAAGAACUUUAAAGAUAAAAACAUACCAAGAAAUGCAGAAGCACUGAAAGUAAAAAACAAAUACAAAUUUCUUGCUGAUAGAAAUAUUCAUCAGAUAAAGAGUAAAGUGCAACAUAUGCUGAGACGUAAAUGAGUUAACAAAGUUAGGAUUUUUGUCAUGCAGUCAAACAUGAUUCUGUGAUAAACUUUAUAAACUGGAACAGUUACUCCUGAAAAAUUAAAUAAAUUCCUUGGACUAAUUUUUUGAUCACCUGAGUUAACUAAGAUGUAGAUACCUGUAUGCACUCUCUGCUUCCUGUCUGCAUCAUUUGUCCCUGAGGUGUGACCUUAUGGUUGUUUUUUUAUUCAUUUUAUAAUGAUAUUGUCAGCAUUAUGAUAUUAUAAUGUCUUAUGUGUAACUUUUUUUGUUAAAAGUUAAGUGAACAUGAUUGAAAUAUUAUGAGAGUAUAUACCCCAUGAUAAUUAUCUGCAUCAAUUGUCCCUGGGGUGUGGUUUGAAGUGCAUUAGUGUAAAGAUGUUAUGAGUAUGGCAUAUAUUGCCUAUAUUUUAAAAGUAUAUUACAAAUGCACGUUAGAAAUACUUAUAGUUUAAAAAGACAGUUAUGUUACAUAUCUAAUGGGUAGGUUAUGAAAAAUGUUACAGUGUAUUAUAUCUCCCCAUUGGGGGUUAAAAUCAAACACUUGCUGCAUGCAAGUACAAUGUGACUGUGGCACCUCUGGUUGUUAGCUCUACUGGUCAUAGACCAGAAGAGCUUAUGUGAUGGCAAGGUGUCCUUUGUGUCCUUUGUCUUUUCCCUGUCUGUGUAGUCUGUCUGUCUGUUUCUCUCUGUGUGAACAAUUUUCAAAAUGCUACUUCUCCUACAGUUUUUGUCUCAUUUAAAUAAAACUCAGUACAUAUGUAGUCUGCAUCAAGAUACAUAAUUCUGACUAUGGUUCUUGAUUUCAAUGAAUGAAAUUGCCAUGGUUACAAAAAUUAUAAUAAUCUGUGAAAUUGUUUCCAAUACUAGUUCUACAGUUUUGUUCGAUUUGAAUUUAAUAAUUUCACUAGUAGAUUGCAUAAAAACCCACAAUUCUGUUUUAUCAGUUUUUCAUUUCAUUGAAUGGUGUUGUCAUGGUUAUUAGUAGAAUUAUCUGUAAAAUUCUUUCAAAAUGUUACUCCUUCUACAGUUUUGUUAGGAUUUUAAUUGAAUCAAUUACAGGCUUAAACCAGUCGAGCUACAGUCUUAUCAGAGACUUGCAUAUUUAUAGACCAUGAAUCAAAUUAGACUUUAUAAUUAAAUGAAAAAGAAAGAAUGCAAAUUAAAUAUCCUUUCUUCAAUGACACUUAUUUUCAGCAAAUCUUUUCUUAUGUGUUGUUUUAUUAUUUACAAAAAAUGGAAAACAAUAAUCCCUAAGAUGUAAUGUUUUAUCAAUAUCAAGAACGUUCACAUUUAAUUGUCUUGUGUAUGAAAUAAUGCA